AUGCCGACAGGUACAGGAAAAACUGUCACGUUGUUCUCAUUGAUCACCUCGUACCAGUGGGCACACCCUGAAGUGGGUCGCUUGGUUUAUUGCACACGGACAGUUCCCGAGAUGAGCAAAGCUCUUGAGGAGCUGCGGAAGGUCAUAGACUUCCGCGUGGAGGUUUUAGCCAAAGAUCGGGCUUCGAAGCAAAGUGAGGAUUGUGCUCAAGAGCCGACCGGCUUGUCUGCCGGGCACAUCUUGGCGGUCGGACUCUCUGCAAGACGCAACAUGUGCGUCCACCCCGAGGUGAGCAAGGAGGGCGAUCGAGAGCGCGUGGACGAGAUGUGCCGACAGUUGACUGCUCCAUGGGCAAGGGAGAAGGGGAACAGGGACAGCCUUUGCACGCACUUCGAGAAGUACGAGACGGCACUCGCUCAUCAGUCGCAGCUCCUCGACACAGGCAUUUACACCAUCGAGGACCUCCGCGCCAAGGGCCUGGAGUCGGGCUACGGAUGGUGCCCAUACUAUGCUGCCCGCCGACUGAUUCAAGCCUCUAGCGUGGUCGUGCUCAACUAUCAGUACGUCCUGGAUCCAAAGGUGUCUCUGGCGUCAAGCCUGGGUGGGGCUCCGAGCCUUCCUGGAGCACGAGCGAAUGCACGAGGAGGUGGUUCCUCGAUCGAGCCGAGCAUCGUGGUUUUUGACGAGGUUGACUCUGCCGACGAAGAGGCUUUGCUUCUUGAGCUGCUUCAAGUGAGUACGAAGCUUGAGCGUCGCGGGCGCGAACAGCACGCCCAACUCGCAGCUGUCCAAAACGUGCCUGGCACGGAUCGGCAGUCGAUCUUUGGCAGUCUCCUUGCCGCGAAUGCUGGCCGGGUAUCUUUUGUGCUAGCAGUCGUGCUGCCACAUGUGGUUGCCUUUUCCAUUGCAUUGUUCCUUCGCCGGCGCGCCGGCGGGCCUCAAAAGACCGUCGAAGUUCUUCAGGAGGAGGAGCAGCUCGAACCCCCACGCAGUCUGUCUUACAUCGUUGAGCGAGUUGGUCCAAUGUGGAUCAUUCACCUGCUGGGAAUCUUCUCCGUGGCAGCUGUUGCACCGAGCAUUCCCUACAUGUACUUGAAUUACUUUGCGCGCCAACACGCGGAAGGGCCCGUGGACUGCGCAGUUAACAUGGCUUCGUUACCCUGUAGCCGAGCUGCGACGGACGCGAUGCAGCUCGCUGUCGUGAGAGGCUUGGCCGGGCCUGUGGUUCAGUUCUUGACAGGGCCAACGCUGGGUGCGAUAAGCGACUCACUUGGCAGACGACCGGCGAUCCUUGCCAUUCGGAUCAGCAUGGCAAUCACUAGUGUGACCUCUGCUGCGGUGGUCUGGUUCAACCUUUCGGCCAUGUGGGACUUCUGGAUAGGCUUCCUCGCUCUCAUUCCCGUCUUUGCGGUGCCGACGGCCUGGUACAUUGACCGUGUUGACCAUGCCCCAAGCAUUGUUCGAGCAAUCACGUUCGUGGAAGGCACUUGCAUCCUGAGCGGGCUGCUUGGGGUCAUGUUGGGAAGUGUCCUGAGCAUGAGGAUGGCAUUUCUGGUGGGUAUGCUCGGCAAGCUUAUCGAUCUUUUCUUGGCCAUCUUCUGCUUGCCGGAGUCAUUGCGACCGGAGCAAAGGAUUCCUUUUUCUUGGUCUUUGCUGGUGCCCACCACCUCCUUCCAUGCCCUAGUGCAGAACCCAUUGGUACAAAAGUUGACAGCUAUUGGUGUGAUUGAUGCUUUUCACUACACGGGGUGGCUUUGCAUCUUGGCCAGGUUCCUGCAGCAGCAUUUUGCUUGGAGCCGGCAUGAUAGCUACCUUGGGGGACUGUUGGAUGCAGUCUCUGCCAUCGCAUGGAUGGCAAUUGGGGUCAACCUGCUCCUGCCCGCUCUCGGUCGAGUGGGGGUACUCGCCACUAGCACCAUCUCGGUCGGAUUGGCGAGCGUAAUCAUCAUGCUGGCGACCAGGCCGUGGCACAUCUACCUCGAAAGUGCGUUGUUUGGGGGUCUGCCACUCAUGAGUUCUGCAGUCUUGGUGGCAAUCAUUGGCAAGGCCAGCAGCGCCGAACAACAGGGAAUGCUCCAGUCGACCUUGAACCUCGUAACACAAAUCAGCGGUGCAUUGGGUGGUGCCUGCUUUAGCAUUAUAUACCAGUUUCUGGAUCCUACUGCGCCCGGGGCACCCAAAUGGAAGAUGGGCGUGUAUGUUCUGUACGGAGUGGUGUUCAUAAUUCCAAGUCUCUCGCUGACCUUUUCCCUUCGGAAAGAAAUUGAGGAACCCGCGAAGCCUUACAAGAGUGUGGACACGAGGUGA